AGAUUUUGCCCUCAGCGACAGAGCGGUAGAGAGGAGAACAGAUAAGCGAGCCAGGGACUCGCCUGGCAUUAAGCGCUUUAAACAGAACGCAAAAAGGCGUCGGGAGAGCGCAAAUCAGAAGAGCGGGCCCACGGAAGUUGCAAACAUGGGAGAACGGCGUAAGAAGAAAGCGAGGACGAAACGAGCCAGUCGGCCACCGGAGGAGGGAAGCCAACCCGACCAAGACAACCUGCGGUCGGACGGUCCCUGGCAAACGGUAGUAAAUAAACCGAAGGUGAAAGCGGCAAUCACGCGCCCGACGAGAGCCAGACAGAAGGGUGAAGCACUUCUCAUUAAAACAGAGAAAGAGCGCUACGCCGACGUGCUCAAGGCGAUGCGCAGCGCCGAGAAACUGGCGGACCUUGGUAAAGAGGUUCGUAGCAUAAGGCGGACGAGAGCGGGCGAGAUGAUCCUUGUCUUAAGGAAGGGCUCACAGGCGAACGGUACCUCAUAUGGAGCGCUAGCCCAGGAAGUCCUAGGCGAGAGCGUAGAAGUGAGGGCUCUACACGACGAAGUGACUCUCCAAUGCAAGCAGCUGGACGAGGUCACGACAUCGGAAGAGAUCGCCUCGGCCAUCAAGGACCAAGGUGGAGUGGUGGUAGCAAAUGCGUCCAUCCGUCUGCGAAGAGGACCGCAGGGGACGCAGAUUGCCACGGUGAAGUUACCGGCCAUCGACGCUAACAAGGUGAUCAAAGUUGGUAAGCUGAAAGUUGGCUGUCAGCCUCUACCAACCACCGGUAGUCGACAAGUGCUUCCGCUGCCUCGAACCGGGACACAAAUCGUGGGCGUGCAAAGGGCCGGAUAGGAGUAACCUAUGUAGGCGAUGCGGCGAAGAGGGCCAUAAGGCGCACACGUGCGAGAAAGCACCAUCGUGUACGCUAUGCGCGAGCAGGAAGCAGGAACAUAACCACGCUAUGGGUGGACCUGCGUGCCCGUUGAGUGGUUAUACGAGGAAGCCGUGCAAGUAACGCAGCUCAACCUCAACCAUUGUGCGGCCGCCCAGCAGUUGCUGUGGCAGUCGGUAGUAGAAGCGAGAACGGACG